GAGGUUCAGUUGCUCCACCUGAAGGCACCGAACACGCUCCGCUAUUGACCAGGCUUAACAAGCAAGCUCAGGCUGCACAGUCGCAAGCAAGCCAGUCUGGAAGUUGGCAUUCCGAAACAGCACGGUCGAUCCAUUCAAGGCGCGGUUCUGCAGCAUGAUCAGAGACGGCACGGCGCACACCCUAAGCUGCCGCGAGCUUAUCAGAUGCGGUUCCCUCAGGCCAAUCAAGCUCUAACACCACACGGCUAUCAACUCCAGACCUCGCAUGCCGAUUAUACGGUGGGCCCACAAGUCGACCACGCUCAGUUCACAUACCGAGGUCGGUCUCCGCAAGACCAGUACAACCAGGCACCGCAAGGCCAUCACGAUCAUCAGUAUCUGCGAGGCGUUCACGCUCAACCACCGCCGUUCCCCUCCGCGACUUCCGCUUCUCUGCAGCCAGGACAGCCAACACCGCCCACAGUCGCUCGCUUGCGUGAGCAACUCUCUUCGUCUCCGGCAGGCUACGUGGCCGGUCCACAGCAUGCGUCACCUCUUUCAGAUCAUGACCAAGGCUCGUCUGCAUUCACGCCGCCGCCAUCGCGAGGGACUUCGCUUCCGUCGACUGUGGCACGGAGACUCAAGGACGAGCCGGCAGGUCUGAAUAAGCCCACCGAGCCGCAUCCGCUACUUGGGAGUUACCUUAAGCAAGACCGCGGUCUCCUCGCUCACUUCGCAAAGUCGACGCAAGUGAACCAGCCCAGAAAGCAGACGGACACAUGCCUGGUGCAGUGCGGCGUUCCACUCGACCGUCAGUGCGAAGUCAAGGAGGUAUACUACAUGGGAACCAUCAAGAAAUGGAAGGGGAAACGUGAGCGAACGCGAGGUUCGCUUCGUCUCGGUCAAAGGCAAAGCCCGCAGCGCGCAGGCUUCCACAAGAGACAAGAUCCGUUUCGAGGACCUCCUGCGCCGGGAGAGAUUUUGCGGCGAAGAGAAGUAUCUUCCUAUGUCGAGCAACCCGGCCCAAUGCGGUAGGGCCUGGAAGGACUGCUUGCUGGCCUACCUCGAAUUCCCCGCGCCCGGUGAGUUAGCCAAGCUUGACAACAGAAUGAAAGUAGCCGCAGAACAGGAUGCUGUCACGCAAGCAGCGCCCUCGUCCAAGCAUGUUCGCGAGAUGGCCGACACCGACAUCGAGAAGAGGUCUGCGAAGCAUAGGCGAGUCAAGAUUCCAGACCCGCAGUACGUCGACACGGAUGACGACUUUGACGACGUCUACGGGAACUAAGAAUCUCUACUGUCGGAAAUAGGGACCCUUUGAUGGAGCGAACCAGAGGCUUUCGAGGCAGCUCGGGUACAAGUCAUUGAGAGCUGGCGUUGUUUCAUAGCU